ACUUAUACCUCUAUUUCAUUUCACCUAGUGGUUUGGUUGCCUCAAAUAAAUUAUCUGAAUGCGCAUGUGCCUUAGAGUCAAAACACAGCAUUCGAUAGGAUGCAUCCACGCCCCAAACGAUGCCUGAUGAACUACAACAAACAUUCGUGCGAACUAGCACGUGACUGCUCGGAAAACUUCGACCGCCGUGAAUAUCACGACGGCCUUCACGAAGCACGGUGAACAUCUUACUUCGUCAAUCGUAGUUACAUUUUCACCGCAUACGGACCUGCGUGGAAAAUUUUCCCGGUCGCCAUUUUUGCCCGUGCUAGUACAUUUUCACCCGUCUUCAAAUGGAAACCUACAAAAAGGAUGGAUUCUUCCAAAAGUAUUGCGAAACCAUGCGCAACGGCAUCGGCCCGAACGAGUUCAACGAUUUUGCCCAGCUGGAAAGUGACGAGAAGCGGUUCGAGUUCAUAAAUGCACUAAAAUCGAUCGUGAGCGAGCUUGAGCUCGCACGUGAGUUCAAGGGGAAAAACCUGGAGCGAUCGCUGGAAUACAAGAAUCUGGGGAAUAAGGCUUUUCAGAAGGAAAGUUGGACCGAAGCUCUGGCUCAUUACAACUUGUGCUAUUUGGCUACACCGGAAAGCAAUGAAGCGGAAAGGGCAAUCAUUCUGGCGAAUCGAUCCGCGGCGCUCUACCAUUUGGAAAAGUAUGAUCAAGCUUUGAAAGACAUUCAACGGGCGAUCGAUCACAACUACCCGAAGGAUCUCAUGUACAAACUUACGGAGCGAAAGGCGAGGUGCUAUCUGGGCAAGAAGGACCACGUCAAAGCUCUGCAGUGUUUCAAGGACACACUUCCAGCAUUGGACGACUGCAAGCUGCCACUGGAACGCCGACAAAAGCUUGAACGAGAUGCCCAAAUCAUGAUCAAGCUGCUACCAAAGAACAUCGAAGCUGAGGCAAAGCUAGCAAAGGCUAAGAAGGCCAAUCCAGCCGAACCCAAAAAUCCACCCCAUCCCGAGCAUUACGUCGAGAAAGGACUAUACUUCGAUUACAGCCAGGAGGAAGGUCGAUUUGCCAAGACCAAUACGGACUUCAAACCUAACACGAUAAUCCUGCUGGAGAAGCCUCACGUUUCCGUACUACUGGAAGAGUACAGUUUGUCUCACUGUAGCACGUGCUUCAAACGUGUUACGAUUCCAGUUUGUUGUCCAAAAUGCUCCGACGUCAUAUUUUGUUCCGAAGCUUGCGAGAAAAAGGCCAACUCAAGCUACCACCAGUAUGAGUGUGGCUUUCUGCCAAUAUUUUGGAGGUCAGGAGCUUCCAUCACUUGUCACAUGGCACUCAGGAUGAUCACUCAAAAGUCAGAGGAGUAUUUCAUGGGCCUACGACAGGAAUUUGAUGGUUUAACUAGUGAGGUUACGGAUAAAUUGAACAACGACGAUUACAGAAAAGUGUUCAAAUUGGUAACUCAUGAAGAUAAGCGUACCCCGGAGGAUUACUUCCAACGAACACUGAUGGCAACUUUGCUGAACGCCUGCCUAUCUCUUGGUGGAUUUUAUAAAACUAAAGAAACAGAAAGCUUCAUUGGAGGGCUCCUGUUGCACAACUUGCAGCUCCUACAAUACAACGCUCACGAAAUCUCCGAACUUCAACGGGAAAACGAACGUGACAUCGGAAAAUCUACCUUCAUCGGUGGCGGACUCUAUCCAACACUGGCUCUGUUCAACCACUCCUGUGAACCCGGUGUAACGCGCUACUACAAGGGAAAUUCGGUGUGCGUUCGAACCGUCAAAGGCAUCGCAGCCGGAUCGAUGGUCGCGGAAAACUACGGACCCCUAUUUACCCAGGUUUCCCGUGAAGAGCGUCGCAACACGCUACUAAACCAGUACAAGUUCACGUGCAAUUGUCGAGCGUGCUCGGAGAAUUGGCCGAAGUUUAACGACAUGGAUUCUAACGUUUUGCGCUUCAAAUGCGAUGGCGGAAAGAUCUGCUCAAACGUUCUGGAAAUUCCCGCCGAAAUCAACGAGUUCAUGGUACAGUGCACCGAGUGCGGAGAACAUACCAAUAUCAUGAAAGGCCUUAAAUCGUUGCAGGAUACUGAUAUGCUGUUCAAGUCAGCUACUAAAUUGCAUGAUGCUGGAGAAUAUGAGUAUGCGCUUAAAAAGUACGUGGAAAUGAUGAAUACUUUGGAUGAAGUUCUAGUACCGCCGUAUCGAGAUUACCAUUUGUGCCAGCAAGGAUUACGAUCCUGCAUGCUAGAAUUCGGAAACCGUUUUGUGAGAAUGGUUACUAAGAAGUAAUUUUUAUUUUGAGUAUGCGUUGGUUAUUCUGUUUCAAUUCUACAAUAAAUAUAGUAAAAUUCAAAUAUCAACAAUCUGG